CGAACACACCGAACGCCGUCGAAAGGUUCGAGUAGUACACGGUCUAGGAGCAUUUGCACGAAAAUGCCCAAAAUUCGGACUUCAAGGACUAAGAGGCCGCCUGAAGGCUUUGAAGAUAUCGAAGGGGUGCUCGAUGAUUACGCAAAGAAGAUGCGGGAUGCAGAGAACGAGUCUCAUGAAGGGAAACGCAAGACGGAGUCACUUUGGCCCAUCUUUCAGCUGAACCACGCCCGCACGCGCCACAUCUACGAGCUAUUCUACAAGAGACAGGCGAUCAGCAGGGAACUGUACGACUGGUUGCUCAAGCAGGGCUAUGCCGACGCUAAUUUAAUUGCAAAGUGGAAGAAAACGGGGUAUGAAAAGUUGUGUUGCGUCCGCUGUAUCCAGACUCGCGGUAUGAACUACGAGGGAUCAACUUGCAUUUGUCGUGUUCCCAAGGCCCAGGUAAAGCAAGGGACAAUUGUCCAGUGCACUCAUUGCGGCUGCAGAGGAUGCAGUUCGGACUCGUGAUAAGUUGCGUUCCUGCAUAGAAGCACAAAUCUCCAUCGGGGACUGCCCUGAGAUCAAGUUACCAUGUUCCUUCAACUCCAGUCUUGGCUCAAUGCUUCUUUGUAUGCUCUCACAGACUACAUCCGGUACAGUGGAUUGGCACACCUGCGAGAGAGGAAGGGAACAUUGCUCAUUUUUCUGGGCCGCCUUCAGUAACGUUUCGUUUCCACGCACGCACCGGUCUAGAUCCGGACCUGUCAUUUUUCUCCCGUCUUUCCGACUUCGUUAUCUUCUUGCAUUACAUGUACGCACCACUCUGUGUUUCUGUGGACGAAUCUUGGCGCCUGUAACAACGAUAGUAUAGAUAACACAAUGUUUAUACUUUUAUCAUGUUUUGAUAACCUCAUACAUCUCG